GAGAGUCACUGGAUGCUAGCCGAAGAUUUACUCCUAGACCGACAACCCGUAAGUGUGAGAGGUAUCCAGGACAAUUCAGGCCCUAAACUUAGGCCAACCGGGACAUAUACGUCAUCGGGAGAGAUUGGGCGGAGACAGACACGCGCAAAUGUGGGCGAUACUUCGGCUCUAUUGGAGAAUAGUAUGGAGUGGGAUCUGAAUGGGACUGCGGGUAACACGGCGAGUGAGUUUAAGGGUAAAGGCAAAGAGCCGAUGGCCGUUUCACUGCCAACGCAUCCCUCUGAAGUGGAGCAAGUCACGAACGAUACAAGUAGAAAAGAAGCAUUACACACCCAUACGUUUACCCAAGCCACUUCAGGCAAGGCAGACAAGGAGCAUUGUCUUGUCCUAUGA